AUGCUCCCAGAAAGGCCAAAGCAUCUGGUGUACCACCUCCUCACCCGCACGCUUGAGCCCGACCCGCGAGAGAUCGCCCGUGCUGCUGCCAGCAUCGAUGAUACGAGCGUCGCCCUGCCCAGCCUCAUGGAAGAUCCAGAGUUCCUCGACAUAACCAUACUCAAUCCGGGACAAGCCUGCUCCCGGCUCCACAAGAUCUUCCAGGAAUAUACCAAAGGAACAAGUACCAACGGGAAAAACUCGACCAGGUUCAUUCAACAGUUUCUCCUGCCUCUUCUGCACCUACAGGAUCUCCAACGCCCAUUCUCGCUGGAUGAGAUGACUGAAUUGAUUGGCGGAUCCUUGACCAUCAUGCACAAACACUCGACUAGAUUACUUCGAGCUGUAUUCACGGAAAUUCUGAAGUGCGACGACUUGUUCGAAAGCCUGAUCGCCUCGAAAGACUUCGCGCACCAGGUAAUCCCGUGGUUUGAAUCUAAGAAAAUCAACACAGUCUUCGGUCAGGAACUGGGCUGCACAGUUGCUGGAAGAGUCCUUCGCGCCUGUAAUGCCUGCCCUGGAGACCAUGGAACCCGAAACCUCUGGGAGGAUUGGGUCCAACUGGAAAGGUUGAAGCAAGAUAUCGAGUACCUGAAGCCUUCCCAGGGCCAGGAAAAUCAACAGCCGAUCCAUUCCCGAGGAACUCUUCCUGUGCUCAGCCAGAUGAGACCUUUGAACGUCAAUGAGAAGAAGGCUCACGGCAUGCGACAUGAUCCAGCCCCAAGGGUCACAUUGUCCUCGUCGAUCGAGAAACAGCUCGAGGCAUUGCAUAUCCAGUGCCCUGAGGGGACACAAGGGUGGGCCCAGAUGUUGAAACAAGUUGAUGAUAAAGCUCCUGAGCUUAUUGAAGAGGCUAUGAAGAGUUUCCCUUGCCGACUUUGUUCUGAGAGAUUACAGGGCCAUGCGCUUGCACCGGCCCCUGUUGAUGCGGAAAAUCCGCUUGCGGUUAUCCCGACCGAAGAAAGAAUUGAUCUGUACGGCGAGCGUAUCGGACAUUGGAAGGUGCUCUUAUCAGACCUAGCUAUGAUGAGCAUCAAAGCGUUGGUUGAUUCCGAUCGGUUCGGGCCCGUUGAGAAGGCUCUGAGGUCCCUGGCUCAAGGAAAAUGGGGAAAGACUGAACGCGUGCCCUGCGGCUCCGACAAAGACCGAGCACCUCGAAUUCCCAUCUUUCGGACAGAUGUCCGCUCGGAGCUUUUUAUCAUCUGGCAGAUUGAUUUCGGUUACUAUGAUGAUUCCACGGCGAGAGAUAAAUUCGGACAGACUAUGAAAAUUUGGGACAUCAAGAAGCAAGAUGAUCUGAUCCCUACCGUUGAUCGCGUCAUCAAUCUUCAGCAGCACUACAAGCCCGAAACCGUAGCGCGGUGCCAAAUGAAGCCAAUUCGUCUCCCAAAUAACGGGGCGUGGGUUCCUCUACGUUGGGAUGCUCUCCCGGUGUAUAGCGCCAUGAAUCGACUGCCGGACCAGAUCGAUACAAAUCAGAUCUCAAUCGAGCUGCUCAGUAAAUCGACAAAUGUGUCAGAGUCGUUCCUUGAAGCAUUUUCCCGCGGACGGGGCCCAGUGGAAUUCCCGUUCGAUCUAUCCUACGAUGAAAUGGCCAUCGUGGGUUAUCACAAUACAUCCAGCAUGAUUCUCGGUCGAAGUGGCACGGGAAAGACCACUUGCUUGCUCUACAAGCUAUUCGGAAAGUACAAAGCGCGGGAAUUAACCCAGCCCCCGCGUUCCGUCAAGCAGUUACUUCUUACCAGAUCCCCACUCUUGGCCGCGAAACUGCAGAUCUACCUCCGGACCCUGAUUGACACUGCAACGGGCACAAUUGCUGAGCCAUUGUCUGAAGACCUUCAGCCAGUGGAUAUCUUGAGGCUGCAUGACAUCCAUUUCCCGUUUGUCUGCACAUAUGACAAGUUUCUCGAGAUGGUCGAAAGCUCUAUCAAAAAUCAGGAUCGUCAGAACUUCGCGGCCGGUGACACUUCCAAGGAAAAGGGCAAAUUCCGCCCAGAGGACUACCGCAGAAAGGCACCCGUUAUCGACUACCACAUUUUCAAGAACGAGUAUUGGGGUGGUCUCUCAAUGUAUGCCCCGGCAGGCUGCUCGGUGGAGCUCGCAUUCGCGGAAAUCAUGGGAGUGAUCAGAGGAUCCCGGUCUUGUGCACAGGAACUACGCCCCCUGACCCGUGAUGAGUACAUGGAGAAAGGAGCGAAGGCAUCGCCGACUUCUCCAAGCGGAUCCGAACGUGAAAAGAUUUACGAUGUUCACGAGCGCUACGAGCGGCUGAAGAAGCAGCGGUGUCAACUCGAUGACCUGGACCGAGUGAUGACUGUUCUGACGCACAUCAUCGGAAGCCCGAACUUCGCCGCUCAGUUGCGUAACUGCUUCGAAGAGAUCUAUGUCGACGAGAUUCAAGACUUAAGAUGUGCAGACAUCGUCUUGCUCUUCAAGUCCGUGUUUAAUGCUCGCGGCAUUCAUCUAGCGGGAGAUACGGCGCAGUGCAUCUCCAAAGAUGCUGUCUUCAGCUUUCCGGAAAUCAAGGCUGCAUUCUUUGACGAGCACCAGAGUACCGCAGCAUUCCUGAACCAAGAUGUUGCCCGACCCAGUACAUUCACCCUUGGAAGAAACUACAGAUCCCAUCAGGGAAUCCUGAGCUUUGCAUCGUGGGUGAUGCGCACCCUAUGGACUGGUUUUCCGGAAACGGUUGAUAAGUUGGCCCCCGAGACCGGUUUGAUCGAUGGUCCAAGACCGAUAAUCUUUGCCGGGUUUGAUUCGUCGGUCCUCACAGCGAGAAUGAUGGCUGGAAACAGAACCGAAAAUGUCGCCAACUUCGGUGCCGAGCAAGUCAUACUUGUUCGCGACGAAGAAGCAAAGAGCAAUUUGCAGACUGUCAUUGGGGAUAUUGCGCUGGUCUUGACAAUCCUUGAAAGCAAGGGCAUGGAGUUUGAUGACGUUGUCAUCUACGAUUAUUUCAGCGGCAGCGCACUCGGAAGCAGUUACCGCAAUUUGCAUCAGCUGGUAAAGGAACCGCGAGGAAGCUUUGAUUCUAGAAAGAAUGCGCAACUCUAUGUCGCAGUAACGAGGCCCCGCAAGCAGCUCUGGAUUUUGGAGUCAAAUGAAAGCAGUCUGGAGCCUAUCAUCAAGGCAUUGACUGAAAGCUCGAGCUUGGAUCUCGUCGAUCUUGCGAGGAAAGGCGAUGGACAGUCCUCGGAAAAGCUAAAGGUCAUCCAAGAACGCCGAUCUGUCGACGUCCUUCAGUGGCAAAAGCGAGCCAAUGACCUCUUCAACCAGAAGAACUUCGAAUCUGCAAUCUUCUGCUACAGGAAGGCAGGCGAUGGACAGGGUGCAGCUCACGCCAAGGCACUCGAAUUUGAGAGCCAGGCGAGGCGACACAAAUUUAGCGAUCUCAAUCGCUCUGUCAGCUACAUGGAAGAAGCCAUUUCCUGCUUCCGCCAAAUUGGCCUUCUUGAGAAGGCUGCUGAUUGUUACGAAGAUAUCGGGAUGCAUGAUCAGGCAGCAGGUGAGCUCUUCGUCGCCUAUGAAGCUUUCAUGGCACUUGCUAAUAUCCACGCAGAGAUUUGGAAGAACAAAGGCCAGCUCAAAAGGGCAGCCUCACUUUUCGAAGCGGCAAAACGUUACAAGGCUGCAUCUGAAUGUCACGAUGCCGACGGUGACUUCUUAGAGGCUGUUGAAGUCCUUCACAGGGGAAGCGAAUUUGACGAGGUUAUCCUCUACCUUAUCAAGAACCCAAAAAACUUUGACGUCAGGACUCGACAACGGUACUCUCGACUUUGCAACAUUCUCCUGAAACAGGGUCGCAUUUCUUCCGAGUUGCGAGAGGCAACAAUUAACCUGCUUGGCUCUGCCGAGGAGAAGAUUGCAUUUUUCAAAGAGUUUGAUAUGGCUGAACAGCUUCGAUCUUUCUAUUUCACCAAUGGAAAUUGGCUCGAGUACUACAACGUCUUGAUCGAUUCAGCAGAUAUGUUGUCAGCUGUGGAAAUAGUGUUGGAGCAUGAUCUGAUUCGAACUAUUGACAUGGGAAGAUUUGUACACGUUGUCACCUUCCUAUGUGCCGAGAGCCUAUGCCCAUCAAAGACAAAGAAGAACAAGCGGGGAGUGAUCGAAAAACUGGAAACCCUUCUCGAGGACGAGGACCUCGAUCUCGAAGCCCCUGAAGCUCUUCGGAGUACCCUACAACAAUGGAAGGCUAUUUACUCUCUGGUUGCCCCGGAUCUCAACAAAACUCAUUCGUGGGACACCAUUGCCAUUGGUUGUGAUGAAGCUUUUGAGGUCAAGGAUGUAAUGGCUCUUGUGAGGAAAUCGACAGCACCUCCCGGCAAAUCCUUCCGUGAUUUCCUGGCCUUUCAUACAAUUUCACUCCUCAUGAAUAGCCCCGAUACAAAGACUGAGCAUCUGCCAUUCUUGUUGAUCAAGCACUGCGGCGAAUUCGUUCGAGACAUUGGUAUAUCAGAUCAGAAUCUACAGUCACUCCACCUUAUUUGCGGUCUCUACACUCCCGAUGAGGGUGCCCCAAAGACGAUCAGACUGGAUUGGUCACCACUUUCCACAGAAAGUGUUGCAGAAGGUUACGAAGCCACGAGCCUCAUUAGUCAAGUCGAAGCGUUGAUUCGUGAGAGAUUUUCUCAGGCAAUGAUUUCGUUCGACAAGAGAGCUAGAUUAUACCUUUCCAGGCAUUUCCCGACACCCUGCUUUUACUUCUUGCAUGUUGGAAAAUGCCAAAACGCAACAUGCCACCGUUCACACAACAAGCUGUCUGCCGAUUUUGUCAGAGCCAAGAUUCAAUUCCUGACUGAUGUUGCUGGUGUUUACGUGAACCUCACCAAAGUCUACUAUCAGCGUCAAAUGCCAUAUGCCUUCCAGUCCUCCUUUCUGGGCCGCAGGCGAUACUGGCUUACCACAUUGGAAGAAGAGUUGAAUUUCAUUUCGCCUCUCGCUCAGCUUCCAUACUUUGUCGGUCCUUCCGGUUUUAUUCUCUUGGAGCACCCUAAUCUCACCGGGGUUCAAUCCGCUUGGGAAGAUCUUCUUUUUUACCGCAUUGGACAUAAUUGGGCAACCAUCCAGGGUUUUUCUCAGAUGCUGGAGCAGCUUCAACUUGCCCGCUACCUAGGCCCUGGAACAGAGGCACGCUACAGGCGUGCACUCUUCGGCAGACUCCACCGCCAGAUGAGAACCCCCGGUCUCGCAACCCAAUCUCUGCAGAGAACUCUUGAGGCCCUGAAGGCAGCAGUGGCAAUCUACCGUGCCGCCCCGGGGGUGCGAUACCACGGACUUUCAGAAAUUCGGGAACCUAUUGUGAAUUUGACCAGGCUGUUUUUUGCUAUCAGCCUCUCUGAUUAUUCUCGCGUUCACUCCGUCAUCUCAGUUUUUGAAGUCGCAGCCUUGGCACUUCUGUGCAAAGCGAGCCCCGGAAAGACGGUCCUCCUUCCGUCGCCCUGGAUCCUAUUGCAUCUGCAAAACAUCAUCGGAUUCCCAAUCCCCAAAGAUGCACCAGAGCUGUGUGAGCGGGAGAGAAAUGAUUACUGUCAACUCCUUUCUCUUCUUGUCCGGGAACUUUGUCGGAUUGUCAUCAGAUUGUUGCAGGUCAAGGUCCAGACCGGAACUACUCCACAAAAUCAUGCGUCCUCUUAUAUACUGUCAUUCACCCACAAGAGACGAGUUUUCGACCUCGCGAUGACAGUCAUCGUGAACAUGCUUCAUUGGCCGACUCGCUUCCGGGGCAUGCAUGGAUUGAUGCAAUCGGUCUUCAUUGACUUGGACAAAAUCCUGUUUCCUGUGCUUCUGCCAUUCGGUCUUUCCGAUGAAAAGAUCAAGUUCCGGAUGGAGUACAGAAGGUGGUUUCUUGCGUAUGGGGACAAAUGCAAGCUCUCAUUUGUCAAGCUUGAUGAUAGCCAGGAUAUCCCUUCACACUUGAAGAUCUUCGCCAAAGAAGAGUACAGGUUCUCCCGGCUAAGUGACGACAUUCUCGUUGUCCGGAAUGAAAAAGACACGUCCCUGGUUAUGGCUGAUAACUCGGAUCCCGCCGGAAAAGACGAAUUCACUGCAGCUGAACGAAUUGUUGUCGCCAAAAUUCAACGUCGCUGGAAAAAGGUUAUGGUCGUUAUGGAGGAACGACGACAGAUGAAACAGACCAUGGAAGGAAAAAUCCUCCUUGCUCUGCACAAGCAUUGCCAGAGGCUCCUCGGAGAUCCUAAGCCACCUGCAAUCCACAGCAUUCAGCUGCGCCAUGUGGUGUUUACUCGCCUCCCGAAAGUCCUUGUCCAUCAGAAUACCCUCUCAAAUCAAAUUCAGCGCAUGAAAGAGCAGUUGAGAACCCUCUUUAGGGACACGGAAAUGUCCACGGCCAAUCUUGAGAAGCUGGAUGAUUUGCAAAGCAGAUUCAACCGAGCCGACAAGUGGUUCUCUGACUUUUCGAAGAAUUUCAGCUUGGAAAUGGUCUACUACAUCAUUGAAAUUACUUCUUCUCCGAUUGAACUUUCAGAGACCAUUGAUGAGACCGAGAGCAUGUUGGAAGGCAUCCGAGAAGCCCUUUUGCUCAAUAUGGCUGAUCUCGACGCCAUUUGCCGUCAUUGA